AGCGCGCGAAAAAAACGAGAAAUGUCUGUUGCUAUUCUUUAGAUUUCUUGUUUAUUUACGUCUUCGAUAUUUACUAACGAUUCCAAAUACAUAAUGGACUUGCACCCUAGCAUGAACAAGUUCUUGACUGAACGCAUAAUAAGUUUGUUGAAUAAAAACGAUAUAUUUACGAUCAGUGAUUUCGUCAAAGAAGAUCUAUAUAAGCUGACACAGAUCACUAAACUAGAUCGAGAAGCAAUAACAAAAGUAAAGGAUAAUUUUGUUCGUCUCUUGAGUCCGCAUAAAGGAUUCGGCUUUCAGAAGGAAGUGAUCAGAACUGGUAUCGAUAGUUUCGACGAUCUAUUGGGUGGCGGUUUAAAAUCCGGCAAUCUCUAUGACAUAUGUGGACUGUCCGGAACCGGAAAGACGCUGAUAUGCAACAUCAUCGCAGUGCAUUUCGCCGAACAGUACAAAUACGGGACACUAUAUGUGGAUGCCAAAAACGAUUUUUCCGGACAGCGAAUUUACAAUAUGCUCAAUGCCAGACAAUGCAGUGAUGCUGAAUGUGGAGUGAUAAUGAAUAGCAUCCGUUGUGAGUCAAUUUAUGAUGUUCGUCAAUUUCUAAAGAUUCUUCUCGAUCUACCCGAUUAUCUUGACAAGCAUAAAGACGUUAAAUGUUUGAUUGUUGAUUCACUUCCUUCGUUGUGGCUUCCACUGAUGGACGUCAAUGGGGUGCAUCUCCUUAGCAAAGCUACGAAUUUAAUGCACAAAAUAGCAUUCACCCAUGACAUAAUCUUUUUGCUGAUCAACAUUGUCACCCGCAGAACAGAGACUGAGUCAAACACCUCAACAGAUUUCGAACGUUUUAAAACAACAACCAAUGUAGCUUUGGGGUCAUAUUGGCGAACGGUACCACGGCAAAGAAUUUUAUUGGAAAGAACUGAUCUUCCUAAGACACAAUCAACUGGUCAGAGAACAGUAAAAAUUUUAAAAGGCGAAGGAAAGGGCAAAACUUGUAUCGUUAACAUUACAAAUAAAGGAGUCGUGUAACUACGUGCAACUUAGACAUAA